UGUCAAAGCGACGCGACGCACAGCGCAGUAUUAACACUUAUUUCGCAAUUUGUCCCACCCCUGUAUUUAUUUUGUGCUUCAUGUCAAAUUAUGCUUUUGCAUUUGAUAACAUUUAACACGGCUGUAGUGCUUGUAUAAGUUAUUUAGAAACAUAUUUGAUAUAUACUUCUAGCUAAAUUGGUAACAAAAAUGGAAGUAAAUCCCCUUAGCAUUUUGUUGGUUAAAUCAGACAGCAAAGGAGAUCGAUUGCUGUUCCGUUACCCAUACACUGUUCCACAGCAAUUCCAAACAUGUGUAACUCCAGCGCGGAAAACACCAUACUCGAUUGUCAACAAUACCGACGAUAUCCUCCAGAAUACCCCUUCCAUGGCAUCAAAUAUAUGUUGCGAUCAACUAUAUGGAAUAUCAGAUGAUGUUUUUGCCAAUCUUUUCGCAGUCAAAACUGAAUUGUGCAAUCAGAAAUUCGAGCUGAAGGUAAACGAUGUACGAUUUGUAUCUCAUCCGACGUUGAUGAAGAUUGAGAGCGAAGAUCAGAAAAAUUGCUCAUACUUUCGAGUUAAUAUUGUGUUUGCUUUACAUGCUCAUGCAAGCUAUUCGAUCGUAAAGUGUUACUAUGAGCUGAGUAAACGAAUAAGUAUUGCAUUGCUUUACGAGGAGCGACGCGCAUGUUAUCUUUCAAACGAAAUGAAAAUCAUGGUUUCAUGUAUGGAUGAGGUAGCUGCAGCAGCCCAAGAACAUAAUCAUGGAAGUACCGGUAACAUCAAUGUAUUCGAUAUCAUCUUGAAAGAUUGCACAUUGGCUCAGUUUAUAAAAACUGUUUAUCAGGAUCUAUGUACAACCGGAUUGCUAAACGUUACAAUGAAUCAAUCUGUUACUCUAAGUUUCUGUCUCCCACAAAAAGCACAUCAGUUUCAUAAGAAAGGUAUAGUCGUUGAACCAGAAGCUAUUGAUCGAUGCCUUGAUGCACUGAAACCGUAUCACGGAAUGUUACUACUGGUAGAUCCAUCAGAGUUAUUGGAUUGUGUACCUCCUUCCGGGGCGCGAAUGCUACUCCAGCUAAUCGAAGUUUACAAUCCCCUCAAAAGUCUCCAAAAUAUGGCUUCCGAUGCGGAUCUAAUGAUUGAUCACGUGUACCAGCUGGUUGGUCAUUUAGUGUACUGGGCGAAAGCAACCAUCAUAUAUCCUUUAUGUGAGACAAAUGUGUAUGUAAUUGCUCCGGACGCUCAGCUUAACAUACACUCCAAUUUGCCGGAUAAAUUUUCGACCAAGUUCCCCGGAAUGUCUCUGUUCGAAGUAAUCAGUGAUUUUUCUCUACCUACCUCGAUUGGACAUUUGACUACACCGCUACAACAUCCAGCUCGUCAGGGACGACUUGCUCAAAUGGUUCUGUGGAUGCUGCAGCAUCAUUUGCUAAUGCAACUCCACACUUACGUUCAGUUCAUCGCCUCAUACGAUGAAGAGAGCGGUGAAGCAGUUUCCGGCGAUGGUCCAUUCGAUGACCGCAAAGAAUGCAGCGUCGAACUACAAGAAAUCAACAGUAAACAGCAACCUUCAAAACUUAACACCAUUUGUAGCUCUCUUCCAAACCCCUCCAGUCAACCACUAGCUGUACCAACGAAUCGCAAACAUUCCCUCUCGGAAGAACUAUAUUCUGAUAGCCUCACCGCAAAUUCGAAUACACGACCAUCAUCCGCUAGUCAUCGAUCCAAUAUUAGUCAUUCGAGCGUAGGUCAAACUGCUUCCAGUACUGAUAACGACGAAAGUAUAACAUCGAUGGAAGACGAGGACAAAACCAAACGUCUUCUGUUGGCGUUUGAUGAAUGCGAUCGCAAUUCUAUUUUGAAGAUUCCUGCCGCGUCCAAUCCGGAUGAUCUUUCGUUGAUGGUUCGUCUCUGGCAAGCCGGGUAUUUUAAAGGCGAGCAUCAUCUCGAGGAGAUAAUGUACUUUGAAAAUCUUAGACGCUCACAAUUGUUACAACUAGUGGAUAAGUUUCGGGAUGUGCUAAUCAUAUACGAGACGGAAGAUCCUGCUAUUGCCAGCCUAUAUACGGCACCCCAGCAAAGUUGAGAGUAAACAAGUUUGAAGAUGCGUUAACGGCAAAAAAAGAUUUAUUGAAAAUAUAGUUUUUUAAGUCGCUGCUGUAUUCAUGAUAGAGAAAACCCUUCAAAACACAUAAUAUCAGCUAGACGAAUAUUCAUAGCUUAAAGUCAGGUACACCGUCAAACGUACAGCCAGAUCUUUGAAUGAUUUGUCGUGCGGCCCAAAUGCCACACUUGAUGCAACUAUCGUAACUGUUUCCCUGGACUAACUGAGCCAGGAAACCACCGACAAAAGCGUCGCCGGCUCCAUUCGUGUCUACUAUUUGCUCCGUGUUUAGUUUCUCAACCUGAAACUCGGUGAUAUUACCAUUCUGGAUUAACAACACCGGAUCACUUCCUUGGGUGAUGAUGACAAUUCGUCCACGAGCCUCAUUCUUCUUUGGUAGGGCUGACAUUUUCAAACCGAUUUCUUUCAGAUCUUCUGUCCCAAGAUUACGUUCCUGGGCAAAUGUAAGCGUUUCCUUAAAAUAAAUAUUAUUAAACAUAA